AUGCCCGGUUUCGCCGACUCUUUCUGGACCCCCGACUAUGCUUCGGGUCUGGGGGUAUUGUACGGGAAACUGCAGCAGGGAGUUGUGGAGAACAAACAGAUUUUGGCCAUUGCGUCCAUGCGUGCAGACGCGGAAGAGCAGUAUGGACUCCGCAUGGGAGAUAUUGCCCCGAGCGUGGAUAGGAUGACGGCAGUGGGAUUUGGCAAGGACGAUGGAGCCAGUGUCAGAAAGGCAUACGAAGGAAUCCGCACCGAGAUGGUCGAGGCCUCCAAGAACCACCAGAAGAUCGCCAACAAUAUCCGUGAAUUGGUUGUAUCGCCCUUCCGGCGUUGGGGCGAGCAGCAUGACAUGCGUGUUCAGUACUCGCACGACCUCCUCCAGUCCCGCAUCAAGGAACACACCAAGCAGGCGGAGUUGGUAAGGAAGUUGCGCAGUACUUACUUCAACAAGUGUCGUGUCGUCGAGGACCUCGAAGAAGAGAACAAACUUGCUUUCCAAGACCCUGAGACGAGCCCGAAGAUCAAAGCCCCCCCGAAGAUCAUCCUCCCCACCGAGGAAGAGCCCGAAGAAGACCCCAUCGAGUUGGGUGAGCGGAUUUUCCCGCCAGACCACAUCAAAAAACUCCUGACCCAUAUGCUUGAUAACAUCAAGCUUGGCGAGGCCAAGGUUCCCAUCAUCGGCACCUAUCUGAAUGUAUCCACCGGUGCGGAUAUUUCGCAAUAUAUCCAGACCUACAUGGAGGCCGAGAAUCUCGCUCAGGUGGAGAUAAUUGGUCAGGACAUGGUAAACAACGGUCUUCUUCGCUUGGUUGGAAAUAUGGGCAAUGUCUUUGCCAAUAGCUCCAAGAUGAACUAUCAGUGGCGUCCCAAGGUUUUCCAAAUCACCGGUAUUCCAGAAAAAAAGAAGCCUCUCAUGCGUGUCACCUCAGUGGCAUCAAGCGAGGACGGCAACGGCAGCGACUCGCCUAUUGCAUCUGUCUCAGAGAUGCUGUCUGGAUGGAAUCCCCUCAACAACCCUUACCCGAACGAGACACCUUCGGAGAAGCUUCGAAGGGAGGCUUUGGAAGCCGAUGAACGGUACAAGGUUGCCGUUCGUAGACUUGACCAGAUCCGCUGUCGUUUGGAGGAAGAAGUCAUUGGCCAGCUCAAAUACAUGGAGCAGUGCGAGCUGGACCGCCUCAAGGCCAUCAAAGCCGUGGUUCUCGACUUCUCGGGCGCGAUCAGCAAUGUCAUUCCCAAUCUGCAGAGCACAGUGGAUCAUAUGAUGCUGUAUCAAGAAACAAUCCAGCCCCUCGGCGACCUGAGAUAUCUGCUCGAGAACUACCGCACUGGUGGAUUCGUGCCUAAGAUCCAAGCUUACGAGAACUACUAUGGUUCCGUUGAAGAACAAAACUUUGGUGUCGACCUUGAAGCUAGAGCCCGUGCCGACCGCAAACGUGUUCCGAUCCUGGUGACUACCAUUCUGACCUACCUAGAUAACCGCUACCCUGAACUUGAAGGCGAUGAAACACGGCGAAUGAUCUGGCUGACCGAAGUUGAUCUCAGCACGACGCAUAAGCUUCGUCAAGUUUUGAACAACAGCAAGGCCGAUUAUGCCGAAGUGUUGCCUCAGUUCGAAAUCCCCGUUAUUGCAAGCGUUCUAAGAUUGUACCUGCUUGAAUUGCCAGACUCAUUGGUUUCCUCACAAGUUUACGAAAUCGUGAAGACGAUUUAUUCCACCACCGCUCAUGAGACCACGGAAGAAGGACGGAUCAAGGUUCUGCAAAGCACCCUUGGACAACUCCGCCUCGUCAAUAUCGCUACGCUUGAUGCCAUUAUGACUCACUUCACGCGCCUGAUUGAUUUGACCUCGGCCGACGAAGAAUACAUCACUUCGUUGGCACAGGCCUUUUCCCCUUGUAUUCUUCGCCCUCGCAUCGAGAGCAGUCUGACGAUGAAUGAGCGCCACAGCUACCGCCUGAUCCGCGAUCUGUUUGCCCACAAGGACAACAUCUUUGGUGAACUGAAGCGCCAAUCGAGUGCGCUCGGAAUUACCAGCUCCGGCUCCAACCGUCCACGCGCCAUCAGCACGGACGAGAGUAACCGUCGUGCGGCGAUGGAGGCCCGCCAGCGAGCUAUUGUCAACCGCAGCCGGGCAACCAGUCCCGCCAAUCGCCAACGGCACCGACGUGACCGCUCGAGCGGUGCUUCGGAGAUAGGCCGGUUCCCGAUCAACGUGAACAGCCCUUCAGACCGCAGAUCCACCCGCGAUAGCCUAGAUGUACCAGCCAACAAGACUCCCCAGCCUGGAGCUGAGGAUGCUCCUGUCGUGAACACCCAAGUUGCCGAGCCUAUUACCAACGGCACGUAUACCGAGUCUCCUGCCUCGGCUGCUGCCAGCACCAGCACCAGCGCCCACUCGAGCUCCCCCAGCCCCCCUCCUGUUUCUCUUCCCGAAACAGCCUCCGAUGACUCUCCAACUCCUACCCCUACUCCAGCUGCAGCAUCUGCUGAGUUCGAGAAGCGCAAUUCUAUGUCCCGCUCUUCUGGUGCUCGAUCCAGCCGCAAGCCAGGCCUUGGUAGCUUGUCUAGCUUUCCUACUGGCUCGGCUGUCGCGGCCAGUGGCACGGACAGCAACCGAAGCAGCAUCGCUGAAAGUGAGCCCAACAGAGUCACUCUGGAGGACAAGCCUAUGGAUGAUUAG